AUGGUAACAUCAAGUUUGCCAAAUAGCGCAUGGCAAAAUGAGUGUCAAGAAGUGGCAUGUGCUCCGCCAGUUGAGGGCACAACAGAGAUAGGCUCUAUGACUCUACAGAGGCUUCCGCCAUUUAGAAAAGAAAAUCCAAAAUUCUGGUUUGUCCAAGUUGAAUCAGCAAUGGCCAAGCUGGAGUCGGAUAUCCUGUCCUUUGUAGCGCACGUUGUAGAAUCGCCACCAGUUACAGAUAAGUAUCUAACAAUUAAAACACGGUUGUUAGAAUUAUUUAGCCAAUCUGAAGAAACGAAAAUACCUAGCUCGUUACACGACAUAUUAAUGGCUAGUGAUAGUAAUGAUUUGGCUAGACUUGCAUCUUUAGCUGAUAAAAUUACAGAAUUUAAAUCCUCUCAAGUUUCGGUUGCGAGCCGAGGAAAUGUAACUGGUGAAACCAAAAACGUCCAAGAAAAUAACAUGGCAGUUAUAUGUCGGGAACUGCUUAAACAAAUGGAAAUCAACGAAUAA